GACCAAGUCAGUGAGCUCAGUGUAUAUACAGAGACCCAACACUGAGUGUGUGAAGCUCUUACUGAAGAAGAGAUGAAGAUGCUGCACUUGGCUACGAUUCUGCUCACGCUGUCCGGUGUUCUCACUCAGAGCAGUGAUUGGGAUGUGAAAUAUCCUGAUAAGCCGAUUUGUGCUGUGAGAGGAUUCAGUGUCUCCAUUCCCUGUAGUUAUUCUUAUCCAACAUCAAAUCCCAAGAUUCAGGUGACACAAAUGCUUUGGUGCUCAAUGAACACAAACACAGGAAGGUGUACAGAUCCACCGUAUGUUUAUAGCAGCUCAUCAAACACCAGCUCAGACUUUGAGUACGCUGGAGACGACAAAUCAAACUGCACUUUGUUAAUCCACAAUCUACAGUUCAGUUAUUCUGGAGAGUACAGAUUCAGAUUUAUAACUAAUGUGAACGGUGGCAAAUGGACCGGUGAACCUGGAGUGAUUCUACAAGUUGCAGAUUUAAAGGUGUCACUAAUCAGGCUCAGUGGAAACGGAACCCUUAAACAAGGAGACUCGUUAAAUCUGACGUGUGAUGUGAAGUGCACACACAGUUCCUCACAGUUUGUGUGGUCUAAGAACAAUGAGCGCUUACCUGCAUCAGGACCUGUUCUUCACUUUCCUGCUCUAACCGUGAGGGAUUCUGGGAGUUACACCUGCACUUGGAAAACCAAUGUGACGUCAGGAUCUGAAACGAUCAGCCUUCAGGUCGAGGGUGAAAAUCCUGCUCAUUGGUCAAUCUGGAUCAUUGUUUUAGUGACAGCUGGAGUGAUUUUCAUCGUCUUAGCUGUUCCAGCUGUGAUUUACAACAGGAGGAGGAAAUUUAAAGCUCCAGAAGAAAACGGGAGGGAAAGUGGAGAGAAAACACAGAAAAAGCCACAGUUAAACCAAGUUUCUCAAGUUCCUGAUGAAGAAAUGAUGAACAAGGAGGAAGUGACUUACGCGUCUGUCCAAAACAAAGCAACAACAAAAGGUUCACAGGUCGCAGUGCAGCUAAACCAAGUUCCUCAGCCUGAUGAAGAAGUGUUAGAUAAAGGAGGAGUGAUUUAUGCAUCCGUGUGCAUCAAACCCAACAAACCAACCGAACGGCGAGUCCACACUGAGCAGCAGGAGCAGGACGAUUCUGUAAUCUACAGCGCUGUGAAAAAGGCCUGAUGAUGCUUUCACACCUCAUUCACCCACAGUGCAGAUGAGUUUUAUUUAGUAAUCAUCAUAAUGCCUGUGGUUUCUCCAUGCAUGUAACUCUGUAGGAUUUAAGACUUGCUAAUGUCAUAGGAAGUGUCAGUUUAUUUGCUGUAAACAUCUUGUUUGGAAGGAGAUUUAAAAUGAAUUUGUUUUUACACAUUCUUGUGAUUUUAUUAUUGUAAUUCAUGUUGUUUUUGAGUAAACAGCUUCUUUUACUUCUUAGGGUGCUUUAAGCCCUAUUCAGACAGGUUUAGUUUUACAUGUGGAGAUGGAUUUAAUUUCUCUGGGAUUUUAGUCCCGCCUGAAUCCGUCAUGUCAGAAAUUGUUUACAUACAUGCAAAUGAACGCGUCUGGAAAGGUUACGCUGUAUUUUAAAAAGAACCUGUAGAAUAAACAAGAGAAAAUAUAUUGUAUAUCCUGUGUGAAUUGAAAUGUUGAUAAAGAUUGCAUUAUAUCCUGUGGGAAAAGAGCUUUUGUGCUUUUUCUUCAGUAUAAAGACAGGAAGCAUUCCAUCUUUUCUAUUGUCUCCUGCCAAAACAGUUACUGACUUACUACUAGCCAGGGACAUUUACAUUUAUGGCAUUUGGCAGACGUCCUUAUCCAGAGCGACUUACAGAAGUGCUUUGAAGUCUCUAUCAAUAAAUACAUCCUGAUACUGGUUCACUAGGUCAUGGACUAAGAAUACCAUCAGUCUAGAAGCUCUGUUCGGGAGGUAAUAUAGUAAGAAAAGCACACAGACACCUGGCAGUUUGAAGACUGCCAGUGACUCAGCUGUUCAGACAUCUAGGGGAAGUUCAUUAAACCAUCUAGGUGCAGGACAGAGAAGAGUGUUGAUGCAGGUCUUCCUUGUACCCUGAGAGAUGGUGGGAGCAGUCGAGCAGUGCUAGAGGACUGGAGAGAGUGUAGUGCAUUGUGGGGUGUGAUAAGUGCUUUGAGGUAAGUGGGUGCUGGUCCGUUUCUGGCUUUGUAGGCAAGUGUCAGUGUUUUAAAUCUGAUGUGGGCAGCUACAGGAAGCCAGUGAAGGGAGUGUAGCAAUGGGGUGGUGUGGGAGAACUUAGCAAGGUUGAAAACCAGUCAUGCAGCUGCAUUCUGGAUCAGUUGCAGAGGUCGAAUGGCGCUCAGAGGCAGACCUGCCAGGAGCGAGUUGCAGUGGCAGGUACAGCCUGUAUACAUGUUAUAGUCAUGUGACCUCCUGAUGCGCAAGCACAACUUGUGGCCACGCCCCCUUACAACCAGCACUUACUGUAUAAUAAAGGACAAAGCAAUCCGUUUGCAUUAAAUGUAUAAGGUGUGUGUAGUAGGCUACUUUUAGUGCAACAACCAUGCGUACAUCGUGAAGACACGCCCAUCUGUGGGAUUCAUACAGAGAGCCCUGAUCCUGUGUGAUUUUGCUCAGAAUCACUACAAACAUCCUCCGACAACAUUACUUAAGUCCGCAAAACUAAUCCCAUCUGAAUACGGCUUUAGAAACAAGAUUUUCUGAUUCUGAUGUUGAUCAUUACCAUUUAAUGCAGGGAGUUUUUAAUUAUAUAAAAUCCCGGCACUGCCAAGCUGCCACUGUUGGAUUCUUGAGCAAGUUCUUUAAGCUUCAUCUGCUCUGCUCAACUGUAAGUCACUUUGGAUAAAUGUGUCUGCCAAAUGAGUAAAUGUAAACGACUGUUCGCAUCCUCAUUUUAGCAGAGUGCUUUAUCAUUUUUUCCCUAACAAAAACGUAUUUUAUGCUUUAUUUAAGCAUAAGGAAAAAAAAAAAGUUUUGCCUUUUUAUGUAUAAGGUAACAUACAUGCUGUGUGAAGUUUUUUGCUCAUGCUGCAGGAGAUUAGAUUUCUUCCUAUUUAUAAGCUGUUAUUUAUCUUUAGAUUUUGUUACUGUAAUAAUUAACACAGUAACAGUGAUGAUAAUGAUCAUGCCCACUGCUAUGUUAAUGUAUUUGCCUACUUUGAAUAAUAUAGAUAAAGGGUGUUUUUUUUUCGCUAUUACACCAGAUCCUCAAGUCUCUAGUUUGAUUUUUCAGAAAAUAAAUGUAUGAAGUUUGAGUGUAACAGCAGAGGGGAUGUAUGUUCAUGUCUUCAAAUCCCGAGAAUGUGUUGAGGUCUGCUGCAAAGAACAACAUCGCCAUCCAGUGAUGGAAACCUGAACCUCUGUACGUUUUCUCUUCAAUUACUGAGCAGUUGUAAUAAAGCAUCUGGUUAAUCAGGCUACUCUGGAUGUGAAUUCAUUCACGUCUUUUAACCAUCAUCCUCCCAAAAAAGAAAAAAAAAAAUCACACGCUUUAGAACAUAAACACAAUUUUAUUGUUCUAGAAGUUUAAUGUGAAA